GGUGGGGACAGCCACAGGUGCGGUGGGGACGCCUGACGCCUAGCACGACAGCAAGCGAAGCGGAGCCUGGAGAGAACAAGACCUGCUUCACGGGGAGAGUCGUGAGGCCGCAGGAACGUCCACGGGGCCAGCCUACGGCGGAUGCCUUCCACUCCAGAGCAGCCCUUUGGGCACACGGGGGGCCUCCCUGUGCCCGAGAUGGGCUCGUGGCCCCCGCUGCCGUGCGGACCCUGCAUCCCCAUCAUGCUGGCGCUGGCCUCCCUGGCCGCGCUCUUCCUCCUGAGCACAGCCGUGUUGGCAGAACGCCUGUUCCGCCGCUCCCAGCACGCAGACCCCAGCCACCACGCGCCCACCCUGGUCUGGCGCCCGGGAGGAGAACUGUGGAUCGAGCCCAGGGGCACCCCCCGAGAGCGUUCGGAGGACUGGUACGGCUCUGCGGUCCCCCUGCUGAUGGACCGGGCCCCAGACCCUCCCACCCCGGGGGGCACCUUGGAGGCCCGGGCAACAGCCCCGCCUGCCCCCUCUGCCCCCCCCACCCCGUUAGCUCCCCUCACCCCUCCCAGCUCCUUGGGCCCCCACACCCCACCCAGGGCCCCAGUCCGCAGCACCUUCUGGGGACCCCAGGCCUUGAACGAGAGGCCCUGCGCCCCAGGCUUGGUGAGCUGGGCUGAGCCGGAACACAGGCCAGAGGCCACCGUGCACUUGGGGAGCCCCCAGGCCCAGAGGCAGCAACUAGGAAGCCCUGAUCUUGAGUGGGGCCCCCAGCCUCGGGUCACCCUGGAGCAGAUCUCCGCUUUCUGGAGGCGCGAAAGUCGGACCAGUGUGGGGUUCUGAAUCCCCACGGCCUGGGGGAUUGGCCUCCCAAAGACCCCUGAGGAAGGCCCUAUCUCAGGGAGUCUCUCUGAGGCCUUAAAGACCUGAAGCUGAUACCCGGGGCCCCAGGAAGAAUGCCCGCCAACGCGCUGCCGGCCUUUUACAUCUGGAUUUCAAUUCCCUGGAUCUGCCCCUAUCCCCCAGCACAGGCUCCAUGUGGACAGAACUGGUGCUUGAGGGGAAGCUCAGAAGUGCUCCCUUUGGCUGCCUGGGGCUGGCAAGCAGCACGGAGAACUGGGGGUGGGGCCCACUCUGGGCCAGAAGCCACCGAAAUCAUGUUGCAGAUUCAGAGCUCAAGGUACCAAAGAGGCAGAAAAUAGCAUCAUCACGAGGCUUCCACCUUCCUUCGAUGCCAGGAUCGAGUGCAGGAGUCCUAUGGAUGCUGAGUGUGGGUGACGAGGGUCUGUCCCGCCAGCAGGAGAGGACAGGAAGCCAGCCUCCAGGAGCCACAGAUCACUCCUUCAGAAAAACACACACACAGAGGUCAAGACCAGGCAAAGGAACA